CAAGAACGGACGUGAGAGUGUGAGUAAAGUGAGUAAAGGAGUUGUGUGUUCCGUUCAGAGCUGAAAGUUGAAAAAAAAUCGAAGUUUGUGCGCGUGGGAAAAGCGAAAAACUUCCGAAAAAGGAAGGUUUUUCUGUGAAGAAAAUUCAGUUUUGUUUUUGAGAAACAAGUGAAAAUCACAGUGGAAUUUGUUUUCCGGUGAAUCAGUGGCCGUGCAAGUAUUGAACCCCAGAUUCCGCCAUCUUUAAAUUGAUUGUUUUGUGUCGGAUCACUACAUUGUUGGCUUCUUCUUCCACCCGGAUCUGAGCCACGGAACAGACCAAUAUGAUGAAUUCGAUCAGUAAAAUCCACUUCAACAGUUCGACCGGCGUUUCGUUGAACGACCGAUUCACAGUCAUCUCCAGAAUCAGUCCCACGGACAAGGGAGCUGGAGGUAGCGGUAGCCACGAGCGGAACGGCGGUGGAGGCAUCCUGCGAAAGCGCUCCAAUUCAGCAGAUUCCUACGCGUCCCGCGGUUCGUACGCCAACCGGCAAUUGGUCAACCAGCUGGACCGGCGUCACAUUGGGCAGUCGCAGGCGGCACUGCGCCUGAGGAAUAAAACUAUCCGUUCCGGUCGGCAGCGACUUAACCGCAGCAGCCUCGCAUCACGGACCCAACUACGACGGGCAGCCGGCAAUACACUAUCCCUCUCGGGAGGUUCACGGCGAUUGCAGCGAUCGAACAGCUUCACGGAUGUUGCUACAAUGAACGCCGACUUUGUCGAGCGUCAGGCGCUGCGCCGUUCCAACUCCCAGCUGAGCAUCGCCUCCCGACUGGGUUCUGGCGGCCGGUCUCGAGGAGGCCCCCGUCGCCCGUUGCAACGUACCAAUUCAUCCACCAAUCUGGCAGGCCGAGGAAGGUCUCAAUCUCGUGGACGAUCUCGCUCUCGUUCCCGAUCCCGUACCCGUCUGCCACGCUCUCGAUCCCGAGGCAAUCUCACCCGUACCAGAUCUCGCAGUGCCGGCCUGAAUGGCAUCGGCUACAACAAUAACAAUAAUAAUAAUAACAACAACAACAACAACCAUAUCGAGAACCGUCUCGGUCGGGGUGGUCGCAUGCGAGGCCGCCCGAGUGUCAGACGCGGCCGCGGACGAGGUCCAGCUACCCUGGCCCGAUCUGCCUCUCGUACGAAUCUCCGCGCCGGAAGCGUUAAUGGCCGUCUCGGUGGAAACCGAAACAAUCGGCCGCUGGGCACCCGCGGUGGACGUGGACGUGUGGCCAAACGUGGUCAACGGCGAGGACCAGCAGGAUCCGGUCAGAAUGGUACCGGCGGCGGAAGACCCGGACGUACCCUGCAGAGACGUGGCGGACCAGGUGGUGGUGGAGCACCGCCGACAGGAGGAGCCCGGCGAGGCCGAUCGCGCUCCCGAGGUCGAGCGAUAUCGCAAAACCGCGGACGCAGUGCACAACGAGGUCGCAAUGCAUCCAAAGGACGCCGAGCAUCGGCACCGAACAUGAGCAAAGAGCAACUGGACAAUGAGCUGGAUCAGUACAUGGCCAACACGAAGUCCUCACUGGAUAAGGAAAUGGACGAGUACAUGCAUGGGAUCAAUAGUUCCAUCUAGAGGGACCUGUUGUUGGACCCCUUGCUGUGGAAUGGCGCGGAGAGCAGUUAGUUACAAAAUGUGAACCAAUCAGGCGUUCAGAACUAACCCACAAAUUUUUUGUAUAUCGUAACAACAAAAGUAUGCUACCUACUAAACACAAACAAACUCUCUUAGGCAAUAAGGAACCCCUUUUCACUCAAGUGGAAAAGCAAAAAAAAAAAAUGGGAUGAUAACUAAGCGUUGAAAACUGAACUUUUAA